UCAAGGAUGUCCGCAUCAGCUCCCCAUAUCUGUGAUGUCCGAUGCGAACGAGAAAUCGCCUGCCAAAGCUAUAACUACAACAGGAAGGAGAAGAUCUGCGAAUUGAACAACCGCACCAAAGAGGCCAGGUCUGGACGUUUACGCUUAGAUCCUGCUUGGUUCUAUAUUAAGCGUUUGAACGAAAGAGCCUGCAACUUUGACUUUGAAGAUGGAAUCGGCGGAUGGGAAACGACAGGCACAGCUUUCAUUUACCAGCCAACAUUUGGUGACAAUCCCAUCGCACGAGGUAGAGAAAGCGCCAAGCUGCAAGGGGACUGGUGGGUAGGUGGAGCUGAGAAUCGGCCCAGGAAAGGUUCUCCUCCAGGAGGACAACACCCAGACGGAAGCGACCCACCUCGGGGAACUCUGACUUCUCCUUGUUUCCGUAUCGUUGGCAAAAAUAUCUCGUUUCUCAUUGGUGGGGGCUGUAACGUAAGCGUUAUUCGGGUGGAGCUUAUUGUCAACAACCAGACCGUCAGAAAAGAGACAGGCAACUGUGAGGAGACAAUGCACCGCAAGAGCUGGCACGUGGAAGAAUAUAUUGGUCAAAUAGCUCGCGUCAGACUAUUGGACGAGACGGCUUGUUGUUGGGGCCACAUCAACUUUGAUGACCUUAAAGGAGAUAUUAUUUGUCCGCAUGAUUUAGACAAAGAAAAGUGUGAAGAGGUAGAAAGAGCAUGAAGGAUCAUCGGCUCUUAAAACCUAACUUCCCUCUGGUUGUUCUCCAACGUUUCUGUAGCAAAUCCUUUCCAAAUAAACCAUGGAGAUUCGAAUCUAUUUAAUGACGUCACAAUUGACUGCGGGGAGCUCAGGGACCGCGUACCUGUAAGAUCAAUUGUGACGAUGUUCAUUUUUCGUCGAGCUCCAGUUGAAAGUUAUAACAGCG